AUGAAUGAAAGCAGUGAAAAGCUCAACAGUUCUCUCAUUCUUCCUUUCAGUAAGGACUAUGAGUUCUGUUCAAAUGGUGUUUAUUUCUAUUGUGGAAAGAUGGGUUCAGGUAAGACAUUUAAUUUAAUUCGUCAUAUACUCAUAACAGAGCGUUUAGGAAACGACUCUUACUAUGACCAAAUCAUUAUAUCAGCAACUUCAGACUCUAUGGACUCAACAGCGAAAACAUUUAUGUCAAAAGUUCAAGCCUCUGUCGUUAAAGUUCCAGACAGUGAACUCAUUGAAUUUCUUCAACGUUACAUUCGACGUAAGAGGAAAUAUUAUGCCAUCGUUGAAUUUAUACAGUCAGGAAUGCAAAAGACUUCUGAGGAGAUGGAAAGAAUUAUUGACAGAACGUAUACGAUAUGA